GUAACGAAAGAAUUGCUUGGAUGGUAUGGAAGCAUCCUAGGCUUGCUACAGCUUCUUGUUCUUAUGGUUACACAACAUAGAGAUCCUAUUCUCGAAAAUAAGAAAAACUUCCCAACAACAACAUCAACAACAGAUUCAGUAACCUUUUUUGCAUAACAAUCAUAAAAUCAUAGCAACUUGAUGGCCGAAGCAUUCCAGCAUCUCAACUUUCAACGCGGAGGGCUGGCCAUUCUUGACGUGUGCUGCGGGCCAGCCACUUGGUUAUGCGAAACGAGCUUAGAAUACAACAACUCCCAGUUUACUGGCGUCGACAUGUCCGACGUCUGGCCAAAGGAUAUUCGACCCGUCAACCUACAGUUUCGUCGAGCAAACAUCCUGCAGGGCAUCCCAUAUCCUGACCAAUCCUUUGACUUUAUACAAAUACGAUUUGUGGUGCUGGCGUUCACUUCAGACGAAUGGCGAAAAGUUUUGAAUGAGCUCCUACGAAUAUUAAAGCCCGGUGGAUGCUUACAAUGUAUUGAUCUAGACAUGCGAGUGACGCUUCAAGACGCGUCGCAAUCACGACAACUUAUUGAAAACUUCGAACAAUUUUAUGCAAUGCAAGGACUGGAUGUAGCAGCUGGCGCCAAACUCGACAUGCGACUUUCCGACCUUGAUCUCCGGAUAGUACAAAGCGAAUACCGCGAAGUGCCGCUGGGUUGGGGCGGACCUAUCGGGACAGCUUCCCUCAAUCUGUUUAUGGGAAAGAUCAAUGGACUAGCGCCCUGGUAUAAACGUGCUGUCGACAUGUCAGACGACGCGUUUCGACAACUCCAAGACGACACGCGGGCACUCCUUGUACGGUCAAAAGCUUACAUGGGCUUGCAUGCAUUUUUGGCCCUUAAAGCAUUGGAAUAAUAACAAUAAUAAUUUAAUGAAUAAUAAUGUUUCGUCCCUACAUGCAUGCAUGUACCAGAGACCACAGAAAAAAAAAGACUUCCAAGACUCUUGGCCAUGUGUAUUUACGGGUGUUAGAC